AUGAGACGACCGACCGCUCAUCACGUUAUCAAUCUUGAAGCGAGCGGAUGUCAAUUAGUUGGGAGAUGGCGAAAUGAGACGGACACCAUUGCAGCAUGCGAGCUUGGAAAUAUGGAGAUUUUCAACCUUCUUCUAGAGCAUGGGGCUGAUGUUAAUGCUCCUGCUGCCGACGAUGGAGGGUACAUUGGCAUUGCCCGGAGGCUGCUCGACCUUGGUGCAGAUGUUAAUCAAGAGCCCGCACCUGAAAAUGGACGAACGGCUUUGAUGGGUGCCGCAGAGCAUGGUCGCAUUGAUAUGUUACAAAUGAUUCUUGACGAAGGAGCACUGGUCGUAGGUGAAUAUGACGAUUACUAUUCCGAGGCUGUCGAGCUUGCAGAGGGUCAAGGCCAUUAUGCUGUCGCUAGACUCUUGAAAUCAUUCAAGGACUCGGCUGAAUCGGCUUGA